AUGGCUGACCGCCUUGCUAUUUUCAUUAAGCAAUGCGGAUUGCAACGGUGCGUGAUCCUCACUGGUGCUGGUUGCAGUACCGAGAGCGGCGUGCCAGACUACCGAGGACCCAACGGUCUUUAUCGCCGUCCGAACUUUGUGCCGCUGACGCGGCAGGUAUUUCUUAGCGGCAGUGAACAUCGGAAGCGCUACUGGGCCCGAAGCAUGUUUGGUUAUAACACCGUUAGCGGGGCAAGCUGCAAUGACACGCAUAUGGGUCUGUAUGAGUUGUAUCGGGCCGGUGUUGUGAACCGGCUGCUGACGCAAAAUGUGGAUGGUCUCCAUCACCUUGCAGCCCAUGGAGGUACGGGGAGCAAAACUGUUGAAGCAUACGCCAAAUACACCUCCAGCAACUCUGGUGUGUUGGAGUUGCAUGGGAACAUACACCAGGUUUGCUGCAUGCAGUGCGGUGAUGUGAGUCCACGGCGGCGGCUUCAGCAACGGUUGUGUGAGGCCAAUUACCAACUGUGUAGGGAUUACGAGGCUGAAUUUAGUGAAGUACGACCUGAUGGCGACUACGAGGUCCCUGACCGUGUUGUGCAGGCCAUGCAGCUUGUGUGCUGUGAGCAUUGUGGUGGCUUGCUGAAACCACACGUUGUUUUGUUUGGCGAGAACGUACCUAAGGAGUGUGUCAGGGAGGCGUAUACUGCUGUUCGCGCUGCUUCCUGCCUGAUCUGCCUCGGGACGUCACUUCAAGUUUUCAGUGCCCUCCGCUUUGUGCUCGCUGCGCGCGAGAGCGGUGUGCCCAUUGCUAUUGUCACGGCGGGAAGGACGCGAGCUGACGGUUUGGAAGAGUUGAAGGUGGACACAAAUAGCACAGCUGCCACAAUGCGUGGGGUGGUGAAACAGCUCUUGGGGUUCGAGUUGGGCGGCACGAAGUAA